AUGGACCAUCUCUUGACGAUGCGAGGCAAGGACCUUAUCGGGUUUCGGCCCAGGGUGUCGCUUAGAUCUCGUCCCUUCAUUUGGCUACGCUUGCUUGGUUGUGUAUUCAGUCUGCUAACUAUCUUUUGCACCUUCGCACAUCUUGCCCGGCACCCUGAUGUCUCUCUCUUCCGUGGAUGGAAUCGACCCACUCGCCUGGCGGUCCUUCGACCAGGUCAAUAUCGGGAGCCGGUGGGCCAUCACAUUACCGUGGAAGAUCCAGCCCAGGAUGUGGAAGUCGACAAUAUGGGCAUGGUACAUGAUCGGAGAGACGAGAACUUCUACCUAGGCGGCACCCUUACCCUGACCAGCUCCCAGUCCCUUGAGGAUCCACACCCAAGCCCCGUCAUCUACGACCCUUAUCCUGCAUACAACAGUAGAAAGUGGAAGAAGACGAACCAUGGUCAGUUUCAGCCCUGCUUGGGGCCAAGAGGUCGUGAUCUAGACCGCACUCGCUUCGAGGACAUGGUACUCGUCUACAAAGGAAAGCAAGUUUCGUUUCCCGAGUCUCGAUUUGGUUCACACGAAGCAAUGGGCCUUGAUGGAGAUGUCUGUACGGAUCGAUACUCUCGACUUGGGGCAUACGGAUACGACGAUGACAGCGAAGAGGAUGUUCCUGGUUUCAUCCGGCCACCAAGGGUGAACUGGAACGAAGUUGACUGGGGCGAGCUUCAAUCCCUCUGUUUCGAGAGAAAUGCCGAUCGAUACAAACCCUCUAGUUCGAUGAAUCAAUCCUACGAGCGUCCGCUCUCUUUCGAGUUGAGAGAGCCCCCUCGAGAAAGUAGCGAGCCGGAACCUACCUCCACCGGGAUGAAGCAAUACCAUCCUCGCUCUGCUGUGCUUAUUCGAUCGUGGCAGAAUGUGCUGUGGACACCAGACCACCGGGAAUACCUCCGAGCAAUGAUCAUGGAGCUUUCCCUGCAUUCGGGAGCUGAGUACGAGGUCUUUCUGCUAGUUCACGUUAAGGACGAUGAGCUACCGAUUUUCUCGGACUCUAAGACCAUGAGGGAGUUACGACAGUCGAUUCCGCCCGAGUUUCAGAAUAUUGCUCUAUUCUUCAAUAAUAAGCUGUUGGAGGCGUGGUAUCCUAAGAUCGAGGAACACAGCCCCAUUCUACAGCAUCACCAACCGCUACAGAUCUUCUCCCAGCUGUACCCAAACUUCGAUUACUACUGGCAAUUCGACAUGGAUGGACGGCACACUGGCAAUAUCUAUCACUUCGUAGAUAAAGCUAUCUCCUUCGCCAAACAACAACCGCGGAAAUACUUAUGGGAGCGCAACGCUUACUUCUACACACCCGGUGCACACGGUGCAUGGGCAGAUUUCAUAGAGAUGACCAACCGCAGUCUCAGAGAUAUGUCCGCCAACACGAUCUGGGGACCAAUCUUGGGUACAGGGAUCAGACCCAUGGGCCCCGAACGUCCGAAUAACUCCCCAGAAGAAGACGACUUUGACUGGGGCGUCGGAGAAGAGGCAGACUUCAUCACUUUCCUCCCAAUAUUCAACCCCAAGGAUACCGCCUGGACCUUCCCAGACAAGGUUUGGAAUUUCAAAAACGGCCUUGGAACUCCACGUCGCGCUGGAGUUAUCACGAUGGGCCGGUACUCACGACGCUUACUCAAUCUCAUCCACAAGGCGCAGGCAACACGUGGACUAGGACUUGCGUCGGAGAUGACCGGCGCUUCAUGGUCUCUAUACCAUGGACUGAAAGCCGUCCACGUCCCACAUCCAAUCUACGCAGAUGGCCUAUGGACACCACAAGAACUGGCUCGAAUUUAUAAUCCUGGUACAACGGAUAACAUCAAUGGUGGACCGGACAGUAUUUGGAACUUUGACCAUUUGUACGACCACGUCAUGUACCGACUUUCUUACAUGUUCACGACACAUACGGCAGAGGAUAUGUACAGACGGUGGCUUGGGUACAGGACCGCCGAGCAUGAGGGCGGGAAGAGGUCAACUGAGACUCGCUUUGGACGCCAUUGCUUCCCUUCCAUGUUUCUGCAUACCGUCAAAAACACCGAGAGCAGGUUUGGGCCGCAAAAAGCAGUUCCAUGA